AUGGAGCUGAAAAAAUCAUCUGAUAAGAAAUAUGUUCCUUUCAGUAGCUAUGAGAUUUUGUUUGCWUCUCUGCUUGCAAUUUCUGUGUGUGUUUGUGCUGGACUGAUUGUACUUUCUUGGUUAUCAAUCCAGGAGCUGAAACGAGCUGAGACAGAUGUGAAUACUCAUGGCUACAUGGGAACAUUUAAAAUAGUCUCUGGCACGUCAUUCACUCCUGCUCUGCAAAACAGUUCGUCAGUUGAUUUCAAAGUCCUUGCCUUUGAUGUUGAAAAAUUGAUACAAAACAUCUUCCAAGAAAGUGAUCUGAAAUACAAAUUUGAGAGAUGUGAAAUUUCCCAGUUCAAGAAAUCUGAAGAUGAUCAUGACAGAUUGAAGUCAGAGACCGGUGUUGUUGUGAUCCUCACCCUUUACUUUACCCAGAUGGUAACAGUUGAGAAAGUAAAAAAUGAGCUGGUUUUGGGUGCCACUACAAAUAACCCUAAACCUACUGAGACUUUGAAAAUUGAUGUGAACAGCAUACAAAUCACAGUAGCUGCUGAAAAUCUAACUACAAUGAUGCCUUUAACCUCAUCAGAUCAGGGGUGCUCCCAGAGAGCAAGAAGUUGAGUUCUAACCUCUGGUUGUGUUUGUCCAGGUUCAGGAGAACUGACCACAGGCAAGUCCUCGGCAACUGUGGCUGAGUGUUUGCCACCUGCUGAACUCUGUGCUGAUGGUGUCACCUGCAUUAGYGAAGAUUUCUUUUGUGAUGGAGUCUUGAACUGCCCAGAUGGUUCAGAUGAAUCUGAAAAAAGAUGUGCUGCAGUUUGUGAUGGAAAAUUCAUGUUGACUGGCUCCUCUGGGUUUUUUCACUCUAUGAAUUAUCCAAAGCCAUAUAAUGCAAACAUUGUUUGCCAAUGGAUAAUASUAGUUCCUCAAGGGUUGUCCAUUAAACUGAACUUCACUUCUUUUGAAACACAACCUUAUGCAGACACAUUGAGUAUUUUUGAAGGAUUAGGACAAAACAAGGUUUUAAGAGCUUCUCUGUCAGGCACCAAUCUUGACACCAUUUACAUUUAUUCUCAUGAAGCUACAGCACAGUUUAUGUCUGAUUAUGAAGAGAAUUAUAAUGGCUUUAAUGCAACCUACACUGCAUUUAAUGCGAGUGAACUAAACAGUUAUGAGAAAAUCAAUUGCACUUUUGAAGAUGGCUUUUGUUACUGGAUACAAGAUUUAGAUGAUGAUUCAGACUGGGAGAGGGUUCAGGGUCCUACCUUUCCCCCAAUGAGUGGUCCUGAGUUUGAUCAUACAUUUGGCAACUUGUCAGGAUUUUAUAUUUCAACACCCAUUGGAUUUGGAGUCCUGGAAGAGCGAGUCCGGAUUCUGAGUUUGCCUUUGGUCCCUUCAGAUACAUAUUGUCUAAGCUUUUGGUAUUUCAUGUACAGUACUAAUGUUUACCGUUUAAGAGUCAGCAUAAGUGAUGGGCAUGGCCAGGAAAAGAUAAUCUUCGAGAAAGAAGGAGAUUAUGGAAACAUCUGGAAUUAUGGACAAGUAACUCUAAAUGAAACAACUGAUUUUAAGGUUAUUUUUGAUGCCUUUAAAAGACGUGGUCGCAGUGACAUUGCUGUGGAUGACAUUGGCCUGACAAAGGGAAARUGUGAUGACAGUAAUUAUGUGGAGCCAACUGUGAGGCCAACUGUUGCUACCACCCCUUUGGUUCCUACUGACUGUGGAGGGCCGGUUGAACUCUGGGAGCCAAACAAUACAUUCAGCUCUGCAAACUUUCCAAACAAUUACCCUAACUUAGCUUCUUGUGUGUGGUACUUGAAUGCUGAAAAUGGAAAAAACAUCCAACUUCAUUUCCAGGUUUUUGAUCUGGAAAGCAUUUAUGAUGUGGUUGAAAUCAGAGAUGGCAGAGGACCAGAUUCCCUACUUUUGGCUGUCUACACAGAGAAGGGCCCGCUGCCAGAUGUCUUCUCUACAACAAACCAGAUGACGGUGAUCCUCAGGACUGACAAGUCUGCCACAGGGAAGGGAUUUCUUGCAAACUUUACCACUGGAUACCUCCUCAGGCCAUGCUCCGUUGAUGAGCAUCAGUGUGGCAGUGGGAAAUGCAUCCCUCUGCAGAACCUGUGUGACAGCGUUCCCCAGUGUGAAGAUGGCUCUGAUGAAGCAAAGUGCAUGAGAUUGCUUAAUGGCUCUCUGAGCACUGAAGGGUUGGUGCAGGCCAGGAUUGGGAAGCUGUGGCAUCUGGCGUGUGCAGAUGAUUGGAAUGCAGAGAUUUCAGACAGCGUUUGCCAGCUGUUGGGAUUGGGGGAUGCAAAUAUGUCAUCAUCUGUGUUAUUCACUGGAGAUGGCCCAUUUGUCACCAUCACCAAAGGAAGUAACCACACCCUGACUUUUACAAAAAGAGAACGCUGUUUGGAUAACCUGGUGGUUCACCUGCAAUGUAACAUCCAACCUUGUGGAAAACACCUUGUGGUAACUCAGAAUAAUGCAACAAGAAUUGUAGGUGGGAGUGAUGCCAGAAGAGAGGCUUGGCCUUGGAUAGUCUCACUGCAUUUUAAUUUGCAGCCCGUUUGUGGAGCUUCCCUUGUCAGUGAUGAGUGGCUGGUGACAGCAGCACACUGUGCAUAUGGGAGACAAUUAAAACCGUCCCGCUGGCAAGCGGUUCUGGGAUUGCACGAUCAAWCAGACCUGGCACAGCCUCCAACAGAGAUUCGGAACAUCGAUAGGAUUAUUAUAAAUCCUCAUUAYAUGAAGGAAACAAAAGACAGUGAUAUUGCUCUGAUGCACCUUCAGCACAAAGUGCAAUAUACAGAUUACAUACAACCCAUCUGCUUACCAGGAAAAUAUCAACAGUUUUUACCAGGAAUUAACUGUUCCAUUGCUGGCUGGGGAAAUAUUAGGGAUGAAGGUCCCACUUCAAACACAUUGCAAGAAGCAACAGUCCCUCUCAUUUCCAAUGAAAAAUGCCAACAAUGGAUGCCAAAAUAUAAUAUCACUGAGAAUAUGCUCUGUGCAGGAUAUGAGGUGGGAGGAAUAGAUUCCUGCCAGGGGGAUUCAGGUGGCCCUCUGACAUUUGAAGAUGGGGACAAGUGGUUUUUAGUUGGUGUAAUAUCCUUUGGUGAAGGGUGUGCACUUCCCCAACGACCAGGAGUGUAUGUUCGAGUCACCAAGUUUGUGGACUGGAUCAAAAAUAUCAUCUAUUAG